CAAUCAAAGAGUGAUCAUGUUGAAGCCCAGCCUAAAUGCUGCUGCGAAAUGGAUGAUUCGAAAUACAAUAGUUAGCAAUGAAAGUCUAACUCCAGAAAUCAAUCUUCAUCUUAUUACAAUUGCUAGUCCACUGUGGAUGAGCACUCCCGAUGCUUGUCCUCUUCCAGAUCCCUAUUGGGCAUUCUAUUGGCCUGGCGGCCAAGGCCUAUCAAGGUUCAUUCUUGAUAAUAAACCUUUGUUUCAAGGAUCAGAAAUUGUCGACUUCGGCGCCGGCUGUGGUUCAGCCUCGAUAUCUGCUUCUAUUUGUGGAGCGAAGAAGAUUCUAGCAAACGACAUUGAUAGAUAUGCACUUCUAUCCACGAAGCUCAAUUUCCAUCUGAACAAUUUAAGAGAUUCAAAGAUUCAAUACUCUUCGAUCAAUUUUUUAGAUGAUAAAAAUGAAAGAAUGUCCACUCAAUUUUUCACUGACUCCAAAAAUAUCAGAAAAUUCAUUCUCCUAGGUGACAUGUUUUACGAUUCUGACUUUGCUGAACUUCUUUUUUCGUGGCUUAAAAAAAUUCAAGAUGCACAUAUGGUCAGAGUACUUGUUGGUGACCCCGAUCGUCAUCCACUAGCCGAAUCCGAAUACUUGCAACGAUACAAAACGAAGUUCACCAAAAAUCAAUUGGCCGAGUUUUCACUUCCAGGAUACGUCAUUAAGGAACAUUACGGAUUCAAUACUGCGAAAGUAUUUGAAUUAAAAUUCCAAUAACUGUUAAAUUUAAACUGAAUUAGUCUUUCAGGAAUAAAAUUGUUGAACUUU